GCAUUAGCCAAUUACAGCUCGCGGUGCCAGAGAGGGAACCAAUCAGCGCCCAGCGCACACUCCUGUCGUAAAAGGUGACAUUGUCCCGGACCGUGGCGGUGCCAUGUCUUCCUUAGUCCGUAUUGCAGGCGCCCUGAAGGCCGGGAGCCGGCUGCUGGGGGGCAACUUGCGAUCCAAGACCGGGGUCCGGAAGUAAGUGCUGACUAUGGAGUGUGUGAGAGGGGGGGGAGGGGCUAUACCACGGUCAGUUCCACUGUGCCUCAACUACUGUGUGUCUGUGUGUGUGUAUUGGUCGGUCUGUCUGUCUGUGUGUAUAUAUAUGUGUGAGUGGACUCUGCAAUAAAGCCAGAGCACUCUGAGAAAUUGCAAAAGCUCCAUGCCCUUUGGUAAAUCCCUGCUUGGGUCUUAAAAUAGUUUUUGAUUACUUGUGCCAUUACAGAGAACCUAUACCAUUUAUUUAUCAGACUGAUCCCACACUCACAGCAGCUCAGAACAGUAAAUUGGGCAAGUUCUGAGAGAUAAAGCAACCCCGGACGAUCGUUUCGGCCUUCUUUGGGCCUUGGGUGUAGCUGAUACCGCUCUAGGCACAGUGUGAACUGCUGGACACUUAAAAUGACACAUUCAUUGGGAAAUGGUCAUGUAUUAUAAUGUUGCAGUAGAAUGUCAAGUCUUUAACCCCUUAGGGACACAUGAUGUGUGACAUGUCAUGAUUCUCUUUUAUUCCAGAAGUUUGGUCCUUAAGGGGUUAAAGGGGCAGUCUAAUUACUAAAACCACUGAUGCCUGCUGUGGUUGUGGUGUCAGAAGUCCCCUGGUACAGUUAAAUGUCAGACCAUUCGCAAAUGGUGUGUCUUUUACUUGAGUUCCCAUGGCAGCUCUGGUCCAGCCCCCUCUGAUAUUGCUACCAGUGUUUGGAUAGAACUCCAUGACUAAGACGUUCUCAGCCAAUGUAUCAUGCCCAAAGAGGGACAAAACAAAUAUAUCUGUUGUUGCAAGAGGAGAACCUCAGCAGUAGAUUUGUCAGGGAAAAAAGAGACUGGACCAGAGGUCCCAGGAGACUUGGAUAAGAGUCAAACCAAUCCAAAACUAUUUGAAUGGCACCUAGGCCUCCUGUAUUGAUGUGGAACCUAGGCUAACACUUUAAAGGAGCACUCCAGCCUCAGUAUAUAUAAUGCGUUAUAUAAUAUUUGAAAAUAUGGUAAAUUUAAAAUAUAAAUGACAAUGACCAAAUAAAAAUUGCAAGGGUUUUGCAGCAGCGGAAAGGAGCCUUUGCUCAAUCCACAAAAAUAAAUAAAUAUAUAGCUAAAACUAUAUUAGCUGUUUUAGAAAUGUAUCUUCAAUGGAUAUGCUAUCCAUUCAAUCCCUGCCCAGCAGCUUUUUGAGAUCUGUAGAUUAGCCUUGUUGUUUUUUGUUUUUUCUCAAGAGGUUUGAAUGAAACUGCUGCACAAGUGGAUAGCCGCAAGGGCUAUUUUGAUCAGCUUCUCAGUAGCUCCAUUCAUUUUAUUUUUCUCUCAUAAAUUAAACUGGCUACUCCACAAACAGAUGCACAGUGAUCUAGCCCAGCAGUAACUAGUCGUCAGAGCAAUACAUAAGCACAAUCCACAUUGCACUAAGUGAGCCAUGAUAUAUUAUGUGUUAUGUAUAUUCUACGUUAACCUUUCUGGUAUUUUUAUUUUUUGUAUUCUGUUUAAAGUGACACUAUAUGCCCCAGACUACUUCAUCUCAAUGAAGUGGUCUGUGUGCCAUGUCUCUUUCCUGUAUGCAGAAUGACAAUGUUUUCAUUGCAGUGGUUAAAUGCCUCUAGUGGCAACCAGGGCACUAUAGUGUUAGGAAUACACAUUUGUAUUCCCAACACUGUUACUUUAAGUUGUAUGUAUUCUGUGGGAGGAAAUUGGCUAAACUGGUAGGCCACAGGGUUUUGUAAUUAGUGUGGUCCUCCUAUUUGCUGCCUCUUGCCACUGUGGCUCCUUUAAAAAAAAUAAAAUAUAUAUAUAUAUAUAUAUAUAUAUAAUAAAAUGAUGAGCAUUGCCCCAAACCUUUACUGGUCAGAGUUUCUUUGAAUAGAAUAGAUCCCUUUUACCAUGCUCCUUAUUGAAGCAUCUAUUUCUGGUAAUGGAGGUGUCUGCUUGUUUUAUGUUUAGAUAAAAUAAUUUAAAUCUUACAGCUCCAUUGUUUUAUGAAAAGCAGAAGUCUGGGCAUGUCAUUUAAGUAAACUUAUUUUUUUUCCGUUACAUCUAUCUCAUCCUGGCCAAACUCCUGAUGUGACUUUCAUUUGAAGUCAAUAUGGUGUCAUCUUCCUAUUUUAGCAUCAUGGGGGAAAAAAAAGUAGGUAACUGUGGAAAAUAACAAGACCUUUUACAAUGUUUUAAGUGGUGGUAUCCAUUGCCUAGUUAAGAUAGCAGAUAUGUAGAAAGAAACAAAAAAACAGGCACACCUGUAAUGCGUACUGGGAUGAAAUUUUUUUUUUUAAUUUUUUUUUUUAAUAUCACAUUGGAAGAUAUAAGAAUUCUUAUAUAAAGUGUGUUUUCGUUUCUUUUAAAGUGUAAAUUUGUUUUGAGAUGAAUUCUGGUGAUGUGUGAACAUAUUGUUUAGAUGACAUGAUUUUUUUUUUAUUAUUAUUAUUUUUCAGUGCUGGUGGAGGAGUCCACAUUGAACCUCGCUAUAGACAGUUUCCAGAGUUGACAAAGUCACAGGUCUGGCAGGCAGAGUUUCUCAGUGGCUUCAUGUGGUUCUGGAUUCUUUGGCAUCUAUGGCACGAUACUGAUGCAGUGCUGGUGAGAACUGGAUUUAUAGAUAUAGUAGUCUUAAUGUGCAAUGAUAGGAUGACCCCUUAAAUUGUCGCAAGAGUAUUCUGAGAACGGACAGCAGCUAAAAUAGCCUGCCCUUCGGUGGGUCCCCGCUCAGAACUCAAGCUGGUUUUAGCUCAUCUUGUGCCAUUACAGAGAGAACAUAUCUGAAGCAUAUCAGACUGGUCCCACCCAUACGGCCAGUCCAGAUCCGAAAUGCCAGCAAGUUCUCUCUGCACGAGAGAUACAGCAACCCCAGACGAUCGUUUCAGCCUUGUUAGGCAUCAUCAGUGAGUUUAACAAGAAUCACAGUUUUGCCUCAUUCCAUUUUAAACAUGGAUUCCUUUUAAUCUGUGUUUGCAGUAUACAACUGCUUGGAACACAAUUUGAAAAGAUGCAAAACCAGUGAACCACUCAUGGACAGCUGUUUCGUUGUUAAUGCAACUCAUUAGCAUGAGGUGACAAAGUUCACGAUUUUCCUAGUCUUGACAUCAGAAAACAUAGAUUUUAUUAAAGACAGGGGCUCGUAUUAUGCAAUAACUUUCUAAACUUAACUCCAGCAGCAAAGACAUUUUUUCAAUAAAGUUUAGUGAAUAAAAAGAUAAAAAUAAGAGUAACUGAAAUGGAACAUUUGGUAGCCAAUCCGCAUCCAGCAUAGUCUAUAUAGUGAAUGAUCUCCAAUAUUCUUCCUCUUUCGAGCUGCAAAUCUAGAAGAAGUGUCUAGUAGAGUAACUCCAAGGAUAAGAAUGACGAAACUCCAAACAGGAUUAAGCUGAAAUAUAAAUAACAGGGUGGGUUAAUGGGAGGGAUAAUACUCGCCUCCUGUCUUUAAUAAAAUCUAUAUUUUCUGACGUCAAGACUAGGAAAAUCUUGAAUUUUAUAACAAGAUAGGAGGCUCGUAUUAUGCAUGUUCAAAGCUAAAUAGUCAUAAUAUAAAAAUACAUCAGAAGUUAUUACAAUAUUAUUUUUGAAACAUGCAGGUUAGGUCUAAAAUAAAACUGUUUAAAUGUAGAUUCUGAAGACCAAUCUGCAGUUUUUAACAGAUCUGAUAAAGAGCCUCCUGCUUGAAACACUAGUAGUCAUAGCUUCCCUUGAUGAGUGAGCUCCAAACACAGAAAUAUCAAUACCUGCCAUAGACAUAGUUUGUCGUACCCAUCUGGCUAAAGAUGUAGAGGAGACAGGUUUACGAAAAGAGAUUAGUAAUUGCGAGAAAUUAGAAUUUUGAAUCAAUAAGGUUUUAAACUCAUAUGCUUGAACACAACUAACAACAGGCUUGAACGCCUGCUGACUAUUGCCCCUGGGAGAUUUGGCCCUUUAAAUACAGUAUUUGGGCAUAUUGUAUUUUAUUAUGCUGCUGCUGGCCCUUUAAGAACCAUCUGGGGACAUACUGUGACUUUGGGGAACAAUGCCCCUUUAAGACUGUGGCCCUUGGAAGAUAUUGCCUGUUAAAGACUAUUUUAGCAGAUUGGAUUUUUAAAGACUUGCUGCCCCUUUAAAUUGUAUUGGAGCAGUUCUGCAGCUUUAAAUUGGCACUUCGGAUGCAGUCGAAAUGGUUGCCAUUCGACAAACGAACACGUGGCGGCGGCCAUCUUUGUUCAUUCGAACGAGGUCAGCGGUAUGUGCAGCCAAAUCCAUGGAACUGAAAUCGGCUACACAUUUCAACGAACACCGCUGAGCCUUGCCUUCUCCUACACUCCGUUUUCAGCUGCAGAGACUAAGUCCCGUUCGGCAGUUUGAACUCACUGCUGUACUAAGCUAAUUGCACGAACAGCUCUGUUCGUGCAUUCGAAUGGGACUUAGUCAUUUUUCUGUGUAAAAUAGACCGACCACACAGCCCAAAUCUAUUGAACUGUUUUGGGCAGGAAAAUGUGCUUGCGGCCUGUCAUAAAGGACUCCCAGCUAACUUUUUAUCUACUGGAUGGAUUUGUCUGAUUUCUGAGAGUGUUUAUGUUUAAAGUGUGCUGAUUCUGAAUAUGACUAAUUUUUAUGAAGAUUGAAGUUUGUAUAUUUUUAAAGUUAUAGCACAUGUAUAAAAACUGUAUUUUUCCUGCUUGUGAUAAUUGUUAACCCAUUGUGUACCAUAAUUAGAUCACAGGCAGAAGGGAGGAUUUUGUGUAUAAUUGCUGGGUGUGUUUUCUGUAAUGUCCGUGUGUUUAUUGGUUGUUCUGUAAUACCCUGUGGGCAGUACUAAGCUUGUGGAUUGGAAAUAAGAGGCUCUAUGUGUCAGUACAGUCAGUUCUACUUCACCCUCAAUUUGGAGUGCCGUCUCCUAUUGGGGGAAUCUGCUACAAGGGAUUGCUAUGCUUGUCAUACUCCCUUGCUAAAUCACUACUAAGCUCUUGUAAGAGCUUGUUCCUGCCUUGCUCUCUGGAGGAGUCUACGGUGGUUAUGGAGUCUGCUGCAGUGUUUGGAGUCCUCGGGAAGCGCUAGGAGCAUCCAUCAACGGAGGUACCCAGUCGGGGUGCCAGGUGAUCCGUUACAAUGUUGGGAUCCAACAUCCAGUCGCUGUAAUCCACUAGGAAACGGGAAUUCCAAUCUGCUACUGUAUUGGAAAGGCCGGGAAGGUAUUCUGCUUGUAACGUUAUGUUUCGAUCGAGGAAAAAGUGCCAUAAUUCUUUGGUAAUGUCCGCCAGUUGCUUGGAUUUUGUACCUCCUAACCGAUUUAUAUAUUGGAUUGCUGAUAUGUUGUCCAUCUUGAGAAGGAUACAACAAUGGGAUUUGUGUGAUUGCCUCCACAACGGGCUCCCCAGCCUAGUCGACUUGCAUCGGAUUCUAUAGUCAGGUCUGGGAAUGACGUGAAAAUAACUUUCCCGUUCCUAAUUUGAACGUGAUCUAACCACCAGAAUAGUUCUGUUCUUGUCUCCGAAGUUAGAGAAAUCUCGUCUGAAUAGAGGAGACCGUUGGGUUGAUGUUCUCUUUUCAAUCUUUGAAGAGCCCGAUAGUGAAGGGGUGCUGGAAAGAUAGCCUGGAUCGAGGCUGACAAAAGACCUACAAUCCGUGCUAAAGAUCUGAUGGAAAUUAAUUCCUUUUUCAGAACUGACCUGAACUCUUUCCGAAUCGUUUUCAAUUUCCGUAAAGGAAGGUUGAAAGUGGCUAAAUUUGAAAUUCACUAGAUAUCCUAAAGUCUAUCUCCUGAGAGGGAGUUAAAAUCGAUUUUUCGUAAUUUAUUACAAAGCCAAAGCUUGCUAACAGAUGCAAUGUCCAUUGAGAAUGUAGUUGAAGAGUUUGCACACUCUGUGACAUAAUCAAUGUCGUCUAGAAAGAUUAUCAUUCUCACUCCCCUGCUUCGAAGUAGGGAUAUUACUGGUUUGAGUAAUUUGGUGAAACACCAAGGUGCAGAGGAUAAACCAAACGGCAAUGAUUUGUAUUGACAUUUCUUCCCUUGCCAUAGGAACUGUAAAUAUUUCUGACAUGAGUGGUGAAUAGGUACCUUGAGGUAUGCAUCCUUCAAAUCUAUUUUGAUCAACCAGUCAUUGAAUAUCAAUAGGUCUUUGAGGUAAUAAAUUCCCUCCAUUUUGAAAUGGUGGUAUCUGACAAAAUUUGUUUAAGUAUUUCAAGUUUAUGAUUGGUCUGUCACCAGAAUCUCUUUCACCAAGAAUAAAUUCCUUUGAAACCUGGGCUGCUCAUGGGCACCUGUAUGAUGGCAUUUUUUACCAUAAACUUAAUAUUUCUUGAUGCACCAGGGUCUGGUCUUGGGUCGAAAAAUUUAUCAGGAAAGGUAUGUUUCUUUGGAUGGGGCAUGAUAUAAAAUCUAUUUUGUAACCUAGAAUCGUUUGUAAUCUGACUCCAGACUUGGAAAUAACGAGUGAGUCUGCCCCCUAACCCUACCAGGGAAGAAAGGGAUGUUGUCGUACUUACCGGAUGAAGAUCUGAAGCGAGACAUUCCCUGAUGGCCUCUUGAUCUCCAAGAUCUGCCACGUAGUGGAAAGAAUGGAGUUGAUUGUUGGUUGUCAUAUAAGGGCCUGGUGGGUUGAAAGGUGUUCCCUGGAACCUGUCUAUGUUGAAAGGAAUGGCUGGAAGAACGGUUCCUUCCUCUUCCAGCCCUUCCGAAAACCUUAGGGUUGAAUACUUUCCUCAGGGAUGACUGAGCCUUAUCAAGGGAAUUAAAUAGAUUGACAUAUUUAUUAAUGUCUUUUUAAUAAAGGAUUCUCUGAAUAGGAGACCUUCCGCAGCUGGUCCAGGUUCGGAAGUGGCUAAAUUUGACAGUUCAGGGUAAAUUUUCAUUAAAAUAGACCUGCAGUGUUCGCUGGUCAGCGCUGUGUUAGUAUUCCCCAAAAAGCAUACAAUGCGUUGGGUCCAGCCUCUCAAAGUAUCAAUGCUGGGAGGAUUCCCAGAAGCUGCCGCUUGUUCUAAGGUUUCAAACAUUUUUGCCACAGGACCAGAAAUGUCUAUUAAUUUAUCUUGACAAGAUUUUAGUGAUCUGUCAAGUCCUUUAUUUGGGUUCUUCCCUGAUUUUGUUGUUGUUAUUAUUGUCAUUUGUAUAGCGCCAAUAGAUUCCGUAGCGCUUUACAAUAUUAUGAGGGGGGGGAGGAGGUGUGUAACUAUAAACAGGACAUUUACAAGAAAACUUACAUGAACAAUAGGUUGAAGAAGACCCUGCUCAAACAAGCUUACAGAUUAUUGUUAAAAAUUGUACAAUAGUGGGAUCUAGAUCAGGAUCUGUGCGAUUUUCUUUGUCAAGGUCGGUCUAGGGCAUUCAGCUCUUUUAUUUCUAGCCGCUUGAUCAAGUGGUUUCCUCAACCAGUAUUUAAUAUAUUUGGCUACAUGAGCCAUAGGGACUCAUUCGGCUGACCUGGGGUGUUUAUUAUGGUCUGGGUCGAAUAAUGGUUUACCAUUAAAAUCCAAAAUAAUAUUCUCUUCAUCAGAUUUAGAGAUAAGCUCAGGUGUCUCUGAGAUAUAUGAAUAAUUUGAGGCAGAAUCAGAGUCAGAUUUUUCAUCUGAUUGCAGAUGAAUCAUUAUCUGAGGAGGUUUUAUAGGAGUCAGGUUUGCUCCUGUGAAUGGCCUUCCGAGCUCAUUUGUCUUCCUCACGAGCAGAGGGUCUAUUGAGUGAUUACACUCUUCAGUUUUGCGUGAGGCACGCAUUGUGUUAGUCUUGGUCCUUCCUUAUCUUAAGUGGCUUAGAGCCGCCAGGGGAUUCUGAAGGACCGUCAAAGCAAUGUUUGCGUUUCUGGGUGGCCUUCCCAGACCUCCUAAAUCCUUGAGCUAGGUUCCGUUCAGACUCCACAGAUGACCAGAACUGGUCUGAAGGAGUACUAAUUAAGUGAGUCUUCUCACUGGGUUUUGAGUUGCUUAUGGCUUGAGCCACAGACUUUGCAAUUGCUUCUUGCAUUGAAGACUUUGCAGUAUAAAUUGCAGAGGAAACUGACUUUUGAACGGAUAAAUCCACAAUAUUUUGUAAAGAAUCCUCAGUGAGGAUUUCAGUCAUGAGAAACACCAGGUUUUGGUGUCUGUUUGUCUAAUCUCUUUAGAAUUCAUAAUUUACAAAAUUGCAACAAAUAGUAAUUGUAUCUACUAUUCGAAAAUAGUUGAAUAGGGUUGUAAAAUAUGAGGGGGAAUCCUGACAGGAAAGUCAGAUAGUUCAAGUUAUAAUAAUCAUCACCAGUAAAGAGUAACAAAGUUGUGAAGAAAAUGCUGUGCUGAGGUAAAGUGGGCUGAGAACCAACUAACUGGUAUUCCCGCCCAUAAAACGUCAUCAAUGUAUGAGGUACUAACUGAAAAAUGAGGAUGCAGCGGUUCGCAUAAAACUGCCGAAAUGACUGAACAGUGAACUGCCCGUUCGUAUACAAAAAACCUGUGAACGCGAGUAUAAUAAAGUAAUAUGAAAAAAUAAAUGGGUGCAAUCUGUGUGAAAAAACUAACGAAUGCGAUUCCUAGAAAUACCUAACCUAACAGUUCAAAGACAAAACUACCGAACGCGGACGAACCGCGACUUCAUUUCCAGAUAGAAUUCACGAAAGACUGUGCACCAAUAUACGUAUAAAUAUAUAUGUUUAAAACAAAAAGACAUAGAAUUACUUCAGAAAAGUAUAUAUACCAAAGGAAUAAAGACAUAUGUCAAUAUAUAACCAAACUAGAAGGUAUGUAUGUAUAGAAAACAGUAGCAUAAGUGAAUAUAUAUGAUACUUAUCUCUACUGGAGCAGCAAAGGAAGAAUAUUGGAGAUAAUUCACUAUAUAGCCUAUGCUGGAUGCUGAUUGGCUACCAAAUGUUCCAUUUCAGUUUCUCUGUUUUUGUCUUUUUAUUCACUAAACUUUAUUGAAAAAAUGCCUUUGCUGCUGGAGUUAAGUAAAGAAAGUUAUUGCAUAAUACGAGCCUCCUGUCUUAUAAAAUUGUGAUUCUUUGUUUAACAAAUUUGCAUAUGCCCACCCAGAAUCCUUUGCGGCUGUAACAUCACUGCAGAUUUGGGAUUUCUGUGGGAAAAGCAAGUCUUAUGGCUUGACUGCUGUUCAGAUUUUUGUUUAACAUGGUAUUAUCUAUCCACAGACUUCAGGUGGAAGGGGUUUUCAAUCACAAUUUUUCCCCACCGUAAAAUAUAAAAAAAAAAAAAAAAAAAUAUAUAUAUAUAUAUAUAUAUAUAUAUAUAUAUAUAUAUAUAUAUAUAUGUAGACUUCAAAUAUAUAAAUGUGUAUAUAUAUUUAAAUUCUACGUGCAUAUUUAUGUAAUAUAUUUUUACAUAAUUAAUUUUAUUGAUUGCCAUUUGGGGUACCUGCCAAUCCAGGCCGAAUAGCCAGAGAAUCUAAUUUUCUAGUGCUGUAUUUAUCCCUGUAACGUUCCAUGACACCCUAAAAUCUGUACAUGUACUGUUUUACUAUCACAGCGAGGAUAUUGUCAGUGAACGUGAAGAUUUUUGAAUUUUUUUAGACACAAACGGCACUUUAACUGAUGAUAUCAUUAUUUUGAUACCUUUUACUGUUUUAAAACACUAAUAUUUGUGUUCAGCGACAUCUCCCGAGUAUAACAGUAACCCCCAUGUACAGGUUUUUGAAAGUUACAGGGUCAAAUAUAAGGCUUGAUUUUUCAAUUUUUUCACAUUGAAAUUUGCCAGAUUGGUUAUGUUGCCUUUUAGAGUGUAUGGUAGCCCAGGAAUGAGAAAUUUAUCCCCAUGAUGGCAUACCAUUUUAAAAAGGUAUUGGGUAUGUUCAGUCUUUUUUAGUAGCCACUUAGUCACAAAUACUGGCCAAAGUUAGCGUUCAUAAUUGUUUGUUUUUUGCAUUUUUAACACACAAACAAAUAUAAAUGCUAACUUUGGCCAGUGUUUGUGGCUAAGUGGCUACUAAAAAUGCAUGUACAUACCUCAUAUUUAAUGCCAUGGGUUGUCUACUUUAAAAAAAAUAUGUACACGUGAGGUGUGACUCAGAGAUUUAUGACAGAUAAGUGUUGCAAUGUCACUAUUGAUAAAUUUUAAAAAUAUAUAUUUUGAAACCGCAAUGUCCUACUUGUACUUAUAGCCCUAUAACUUGCAAAAAAAAAAGAUUAAACACACCUCUAGUGACAUAUGGGGUAUUCACUCAAAAGAAAGUUCUCUGAGGGAGUUUCCUGUAUAUUCAUUGUGAAAAUGUGUUCCUCUGUUUGGUCUUAGGGUCACUUUGAAUAUCCUGACCCUUCAAAAUGGACAGAUGAAGAGUUGGGGAUAACCCCUGAAGAAGACUAAUCCUUUUUAUUUGUGGUAAGCCCAAUCUCUGUUAAGUGUUUUCAUGCUAUUACUUUUAUUUAUAAAGAGCAAAUAUUCAUCGCAGCGCUGUACAAUAGGUGGAUUUAAAAAGGAAGAGAUUAAAAACGGUACAUUAAUUGGAGAAGCUUUCUGUGCUUAAAUCAGAACAGUGACUUCCCGUGAUUUUUACUAUUAUGUUUACUAAUCUCCUAUAUUUAAAUCCAAGUCAAAUGUAGAAAUCUUGCAACUAGACAUCCCUAUCUUAGUGCCCUAUUCGGUCCUCUGCAAAUGGUAUAGAGAGAGAAUACAGAGAGGAGGAGAAAUUGUGCUGCUUUUUUUUUUUUUUUUUCCCUAGUCAUUUACAAUGUUUCUGAAUUCAAUUAUCGAAUAUAUAAUAAAAAUUUUAAGAAAAUGGAACAUAACAUGAAUAAAAGCUUAACACUUUUUUUUUUAUGGUGUAAUUUUCAGUUAAGUGGUGGUAACACAAAGUAUGUAUAUAAGUUAAAUCUUCCUUGGUACUCAAAAAUGAUCUUCCCCAUACAAAUUUGAACAUAAGAAUCAAAUCAAAAUAAUAUCUCCUUUUAAUUAUAAAUUUCAGUGGCACAGAGGUAUGAAAUGGUAAGAAAUUCAGUCCUGAGCAUCUAGGGAUCUACGUAUGCAAAAACUCUGAAGAAGUAUAUGUCUGUUUAGGCUAGCAGCACAUGUUAUAUUAUUUAUUUUAACUUUUUUAUUCCGUCUAAUUUUUAUUUUAUUUUUCUUCAUUUUGCAGAUAUUUCUGAGGAAACUUCCUCCUGGAAACUGUUCAGUGUUGAAUAUUGUAAAUAAAUCUAGAAAACUUAUCAAGUUUGUCUUUUUUUAUAUAUUAAGAUUAAACAUAUAUUGAAGCGUGUACCUUUUUAAAGCC